AUGAGAUUGUUGAACAUGUUGAGCGUUGCCAGCAGCAUGGUUUCCGCACAGUACGAAUUCGAAGACGCAUCUUUUCUUGUGACGACUGAAGCGACGACGACCAUCGAGCCUCCUACCGACGUCCAAGAAAGACGAAGAAAGAAAAAGAAGAAGAACAAGAAGAAGCGAGUUGGUGCCCCAGAGAAGGAACGAAAGUACUCUAACCCAAAAUUUAGAAGACAAAGAAACACCAAGUGGAAUCCACGCUGGGAGAAAAACGAGUACCAGAAGCUCGAGAAGAUCCACAACACCGGAAUGCUGGUCGACAUCUUCAGCGAGCAGUACAAGCGCCCAAUGACUAAGUUGAGCAAUCGUCUGGAAACACUGAGGAAAAUGGUGAAGGCCGACUCCGAAGAGUGCUGGGCUAACCAAGCCAGUGGAGAAAACAGAAACGCCCUUCAACGAUACCCAGCUACUAAGCAACGAAUUGACAGAUGGACUCCAAAAUUCGACCAAGUCAAGGAAGGACUUUACAACUAUUUUGAGAAGUUUGCCGUGACCAUUAGAGAAAGCUUUGGGAAAUGCGACGAGUCCGCCGCCUUCCACUACUUGAACAAACUCGAUUACUUCCGGCUGAAGACAUACUUCCGAUUCUGCACUGACUUCCCUGGCUCGCUUCCCAUCUGCAACUGGGUGACCAAAGACUCUCAAGGCAACCCAGUCUCGCGAUCUACACACGGCUCCCGACCAUUCAAGCUAAUCGAACACAUCAAGAAGUACCAGAAAAACAACGCUGCCAAGCACGCCACCAAGUUCGGUCUCAAGCAAUUCAAAGGUUGA